CAAACAAAACCUGAGAAAAAAUUCGUUUCGAUUUUGGUCGGCUCGAAGAAUUCAAUUUGAAUAUACUGAUCUUUUUAAUUAUUGAUUUGGGGAUUGGUUUCUUUUUCUGUUCUGACAUACUAUAGUAUCUAUUUUAAAUGUUUGUUUGAAGCAAUUCGGGUUUACGUAAGGGCUUUAGUAUAUUUUAAUUUCAUUUAGCUCGUCUAUUUGCUCGAUUUAAUUAAAUAGAAUUUAUGAAUUCGCAUUAAUUCUCAAAAAAAAAGUUUUUGAUACGGCCAACAUUGUGUAUGCUCAUUAUACACGCGACAAAGAAUCUACAUAAGUAUUUGAAGAUUUGUUAAUCUAAAUUAUAAUAUGGAUGAAAAAGUUCUAGCUGCUAUUGAUGAUCCCAAUACGUUCUCGUUUGGGUCCCUAUGGCAGGAAUGUCAAGCGUCUCAAGGCAGUGUCUCCCCAACAGUAUAUCAGCUAUUGAACGCAUUUUACCAAGGAUCAGUUCAAGACAGUUCAGCCGAUUGGAGCCAGGAGCGAUUAGACAAGUUGCGACUCUUGUCACUAGUAGAUGCUGCCGUACGACACACGGGUUCUAGCAUUUCUUACGACGAUCUGUGGAAGCAAUUAAAAUUAAAUGAUUCACUUCCUCCUACUGAAAAGGAUAUUAUACUAGAACAGUACUUAAUUCAAGCAAUGAUUAAACAAAUCCUGGUCGGAAAACUAAAUUCUCAGUCUCGCACCCUUCAUGUCUCAUGGGCCAUGGAGCGAAAUAUGAAUGAUGCCAGAAUCCAAGAAAUGAAGGACACACUCUCAAAGUUUGUUCAGCGCUGCUCAAAAGCCUUUUCUAAUUCUGAUGUCAAGCCACUAUUGACCAAGUCCUCAAAACGUACAAGCCAACUAUCUAGCAAUGAUGGCAUUGACCAACAUGUUUCAGACAAACGAGCAAGAGCAGAUGGUAGUCCCAUGGAAGGCUAAGUACAAUUUUAUGCAUUAACACACCCCCUUUAUUUUUCAAAAUGUUUUUUAUUGUGAUAGAUCCUGCACCAAAGAAACUCCUUUUUUCAAUGUUUCCUCAUUCCGCUUGAA